GACGUCCAGAAGUAACCUCCGUUCGCAUCACACCACCGUGAUGUUGCUGUCAGAGAGGUUGGAAUUACAGCGACAGUACCAGUCUGGUGUUAUAUAGCCUGCUAGUCAUCACCGACGGGGGGAUGUUAUUGAAUUAGAAGGAAAUUCAUUCAGUUGAUAUUUAAACGUCCGUUUAUACGCAUCAGAAUUGCUUGCGGACUUCUUUCGCACGUGCUUGCGUCCUGCCAGCGUGACCUACCAAUGGCAGAGCAGGAUUUAGCGGAGAAGCCCCCAGCUGUUGCUGCGCUGCACUCUCAUUUCAUAGUGGGCUCUGUGUCUGAGGAUAACUCAGAGGAUGAGACCGCAGGGAAACUGGAUCUGCAGAUGGAGGGCAGUCAGCGCUCUGUUUCACCCUCCUCUGUUAGUUCAGACAGCACCUACGAGAUGGGCUUUGAAAGCUUGGAUGGGCCCUUGCACAAUCUGAGGCCUAGUAUGUCAGGACUUCACCUCGUAAAGCAGGGCAGGGAUCGCAGGCGCAUCGACCUGCAGCGAGACUUCACGGUGGCUUCCCCUGCUGAAUUUGUCACCCGUUUUGGUGGCAACAAAGUCAUUGAGAAGGUUCUCAUUGCCAACAAUGGAAUUGCUGCAGUCAAGUGCAUGCGCUCCAUUCGGCGCUGGGCUUAUGAAAUGUUUCGGAACGAACGAGCCAUACGCUUUGUUGUCAUGGUGACCCCAGAGGACCUCAAGGCCAAUGCAGAGUACAUUAAGAUGGCUGAUCACUAUGUACCAGUGCCAGGAGGGACAAACAACAACAACUAUGCCAAUGUGGAACUUAUUUUGGACAUAGCAAAGCGGAUUCCUGUUCAGGCUGUGUGGGCUGGUUGGGGUCAUGCCUCAGAGAACCCCAAACUCCCAGAAUUACUACACAAGAAUGGCAUUGCAUUCAUGGGUCCACCUAGUCAGGCCAUGUGGGCUCUUGGGGACAAGAUCGCCUCCUCGAUUGUGGCCCAGACUGCUGGCAUCCCUACGCUACCCUGGAGUGGAUCCGGACUGACUGUUGAUUGGACAGAGAAUGACCAGAAGAAAGGAAUCAUCAAUGUUCCUCCUGAGCUGUAUGAGCAGGGCUGUAUACAAGAUGUAGAGGCUGGAAUGAAGGCAGCUGAGCAGGUGGAUUACCCUGUGAUGAUAAAGGCCUCUGAAGGCGGAGGAGGAAAAGGUAUCCGGAAGGUCAACUGUGCGGAAGACUUUCCCAAUCUUUUCAGACAGGUUCAAGCAGAGGUUCCAGGCUCCCCCAUCUUCGUCAUGCGUUUGGCCAAACAUGCACGCCACCUAGAAGUACAGAUCUUGGCUGAUCAGUAUGGUAACGCCAUUUCUCUGUUCGGCCGUGACUGCUCUGUCCAGCGCAGACACCAGAAGAUCAUUGAGGAAGCUCCAGCAACUAUCGCAACCUCUGAUGUGUUUGAAAAUAUGGAGAAGUGUGCAGUAAAACUGGCAAAGAUGGUGGGCUAUGUCAGUGCUGGUACAGUAGAAUAUCUGUACAGUCAGGAUGGCAGCUUUUACUUCCUGGAGCUCAAUCCUCGUCUUCAAGUGGAACAUCCAUGUACUGAGAUGGUAGCUGAUGUCAAUCUGCCUGCCGCCCAGCUGCAGAUUGCUAUGGGUAUCCCACUUCAUCGCAUCAAAGACAUCAGAGUGAUGUAUGGGGUGCAGCCAUGGGGAGACUGUCCCAUUGACUUUGAUGGACUCUCUACCACCCCCUGUCCACGAGGACAUGUCAUUGCAGCUCGAAUUACCAGCGAGAACCCAGAUGAGGGUUUUAAGCCCAGCUCAGGUACCGUGCAGGAACUCAAUUUCCGCAGUAAUAAGAAUGUGUGGGGUUAUUUUAGCGUGGCAGCUGCUGGAGGCCUGCAUGAAUUUGCUGAUUCUCAAUUUGGCCACUGCUUCUCCUGGGGAGAGAACCGAGAAGAAGCCAUUUCAAACAUGGUGGUGGCCCUAAAAGAGCUGUCCAUCAGAGGAGACUUUAGGACUACAGUGGAGUAUCUGAUAAAGCUUCUGGAAACUGAGAGCUUUCAGCACAACAGCAUCGACACUGGAUGGCUGGACCGACUCAUCUCGGAGAAGAUGCAGGCCGAGCGCCCUGACACCAUGUUAGGAGUAGUCAGCGGAGCUCUUCAUGUCGCUGAUGUUAACCUCAGGAACAGUGUGUCCAACUUCCUGCACUCAUUGGAGAGAGGUCAGGUCUUACCUGCACACACCCUGUUAAACACUGUGGAUGUGGAGCUGAUAUAUGAAGGAACCAAAUAUGUUCUGAAGGUGACGAGACAGUCUCCUAACUCGUAUGUGGUCAUAAUGAAUAAUUCUUCAGCUGAGGUGGAUGUUCAUCGGCUGAGUGAUGGGGGUCUGUUGCUCUCUUAUGAUGGCAGCAGCUAUACCACAUACAUGAAGGAGGAAGUGGACAGGUAUCGUAUCAUCAUCGGUAACAAGACAUGUGUGUUUGAGAAGGAGAACGACCCAUCACUUUUGCGCUCUCCAUCUGCUGGUAAACUCAUCUCAUACACCGUGGAAGAUGGUGGACACGUGUUUUCUGGACAGUGUUAUGCAGAAAUAGAGGUGAUGAAGAUGGUGAUGACCCUAACAGCCUCAGGGUCUGGCUGUAUUCACUAUGUGAAGCGAGCAGGUGCAGUGCUGGAGCCGGGCUGUGUCAUUGGAAAACUACAGCUGGAUGACCCAAGCAGAGUACAGCAGGCAGAGCUGUAUACAGGAAUGCUGCCCAGUGUUCAGUCUGUGGCGCUGAGAGGAGAGAAGCUUCAUCGAGUCUUUCACAGCACUCUGGAUCAUCUGGUGCACAUUAUGAAUGGCUACUGUCUUCCAGAACCCUUCUUCAGCACCAGGCUAAAGGAAUGGGUGGAGCGUUUGAUGAAGACUUUGAGGGAUCCAUCUUUGCCUCUGCUGGAGCUUCAGGACAUCAUGACGAGUGUUUCAGGACGAAUUCCUCCUGGAGUUGAAAAGGCCAUCAAGAAGGAAAUGGCUCAGUAUGCCAGUAACAUCACCUCUGUCCUCUGCCAGUUUCCUAGCCAACAGAUCGCCAAUAUCCUGGACAGUCAUGCUGCCACACUAAACAGGAAGUCAGAACGAGAGGUCUUCUUCAUGAACACACAGAGCAUUGUACAGCUGGUUCAGAAGUACCGCAGUGGCAUCAGAGGUCAUAUGAAGGCAGUAGUGAUGGACCUUCUCAGGCAAUACUUAAGAGUGGAAGUUCAGUUUCAACAUGGUCACUAUGACAAGUGUGUAUUUGCACUACGAGAGGAAAACAAAGGGGACAUGUCCAAUGUGCUCAACUACAUCUUCUCUCACGCAAAAGUAACAAAGAAGAAUUCCCUGGUUACCAUGCUGAUUGAUCAGCUGUGUGGUCGAGACCCCACCCUGACAGAUGAGCUCAUGGCCAUCCUCACAGAACUCACACAACUUAGCAAGACCACAAAUGCCAAAGUGGCUCUGCGUGCACGCCAGGUUCUCAUUGCCUCUCACCUCCCUUCAUAUGAGUUGCGACACAAUCAAGUGGAAUCCAUCUUUCUGUCUGCCAUUGACAUGUAUGGACAUCAGUUCUGCAUUGAGAACCUGCAGAAAUUGAUUCUUUCAGAGACAUCCAUCUUUGAUGUGCUGCCAAAUUUCUUUUACCACAGUAAUCAGGUGGUGAGGAUGGCUGCUCUUGAGGUGUAUGUUCGUAGAGCUUACAUCGCUUAUGAACUAAACAGCGUGCAGCACCGUCAGCUGAAAGAUAACACCUGCAUAGUGGAAUUCCAGUUCAUGCUGCCUUCAUCUCAUCCCAAUAGAGGGAACAUCCCCACUCUAAACAGGAAACUGUCUGCCCCGCCACAAGACUUCAAAACUCGAGAUCUCACAGCAAACUAUAGUGCCACAGGGGCAGCUAGUGAAUCCUCUGAGAAUGAAGAGAGGAUGUCCUUCUCCUCUAAUCUAAACCACUAUGGCAUGGUUCAUGUGGCCAGCGUUAGUGAUGUUCUGCUGGACACCUCCUUUACUCCACCCUGUCAGCGCAUGGGUGCCAUGGUCUCCUUCCGCUCCUUCCAGGAGUUCACCAGGAACAUUAAAGAUGUGUUGAGCUGUUUCUCCGACUCUCCCCCAUCUACUCCAACCUUUCCUGAAGGGGGCAACCCUGUGCUGUAUGGAGAAGAAGACAACAAGAGCAUCCAAGAUGAGCCGAUUCAUAUCCUUAACGUGGCCAUAAAGACUGACAGUGAUAUCGAUGACGAUGGGCUGGCUUCCAUGUUUCACGAGUUCACCCAUUCUAAGAAAUCUCUGCUGUUUGAGCACGGCAUCCGAAGACUGACUUUCCUGGUUGCUCAGAAGGAUUUCAGGAAGCAGGUCAACUGUGAGGUGGACCAGAGGUUCCAUAGAGAAUUCCCCAAAUUUUUCACCUUCCGGGCUCGAGACAAGUUUGAGGAGGACCGUAUCUACAGGCACUUGGAACCUGCGCUGGCUUUUCAGCUGGAGCUCAAUCGCAUGCGCAACUUUGCGCUGACAGCAAUCCCCUGCGCCAACCACAAGAUGCACCUGUACCUGGGAGCGGCUCGUGUGGAAGUGGGCACUGAAGUCACAGACUAUCGCUUCUUUGUGCGGGCCAUCAUCCGCCAUUCUGACUUGGUUACCAAGGAAGCGUCGUUUGAGUACCUGCAUAAUGAGGCAGAACGUUUGCUGCUGGAGGCCAUGGAUGAGCUGGAGGUUGCCUUUAAUAACACCACAGUUCGCACAGACUGCAACCACAUCUUCCUUAAUUUCGUUCCCACCGUCAUCAUGGACCCUUCUAAGAUUGAGGAGUCUGUGCGCUCCAUGGUCAUGCGCUACGGCAGUCGUCUGUGGAAGCUGCGUGUUCUCCAAGCAGAGCUAAAGAUCAAUAUCCGGUUGACCCCCACCGGAAAACAGAUCCCCAUUCGACUUUUCCUGACAAAUGAGAGCGGCUACUACCUGGACAUCAGCCUGUACAAGGAGGUCACAGACUCCCGUACAGGACAGGUGGGGCACAAAGAUCGACAGAUUAUGUUCCAAGCAUAUGGAGACAAACAGGGUCCUCUGCAUGGUAUGCUCAUCAACACACCAUAUGUCACUAAAGACCUCCUUCAGUCUAAACGCUUUCAGGCCCAAAGCCUCGGCACCACCUACGUCUAUGACUUCCCAGAGAUGUUCCGUCAGUCUCUGAGGAAACUAUGGCAGUCCAUGGACGCACACGCCAGCUUACCCAAAUGCCCUCUGCCAUCUGAGCUGCUUACCUUCACAGAGCUGGUUCUCGAUUCUCAGGGUCAGCUGGUGCAGAUGAACCGUCUACCUGGAGGAAAUGAGAUUGGCAUGGUUGCGUGGCGAAUGACUCUCAGAACACCUGAAUACCCGGCUGGUCGUGAGAUUAUUGUGAUCAGCAAUGACAUCACAUACAAGAUAGGCUCCUUCGGGCCCCAGGAGGAUGAUUUGUUCCAGCAGGCUUCAGAGAUGGCAAGAGAAAGUGGCAUCCCCCGACUCUACAUCGCUGCCAACAGUGGAGCCCGGAUCGGCCUGGCAGAAGAAAUCAGACACAUGUUCCAUGUCGCCUGGCAGGACACAGCAGACCCAUACAAGGGCUUUAAGUACCUGUACCUCACACCUCAAGACUAUAAGAAGGUUUCUGCUUUGAACUCUGUGCAUUGUGAGCAUGUGGAGGAUGAAGGAGAAUCCAGAUAUAAGAUCACUGAUAUCAUUGGUAAAGAGGAGGGCUUGGGUGUGGAGAACUUGAGAGGUUCUGGGAUGAUCGCAGGAGAGUCAUCACUAGCAUAUGAGGAGAUAAUCACUAUGAACCUGGUGACGUGCAGGGCCAUAGGAAUCGGUGCUUACCUAGUGAGACUUGGUCAGAGAACCAUACAGGUGGAGAACUCCCACAUCAUCCUGACUGGGGCUGGAGCUCUCAAUAAGGUUCUGGGUCGUGAGGUGUACACCUCCAAUAACCAGCUGGGUGGAGUACAAAUCAUGCACAAUAAUGGUGUUACACACACUACUGUUUGUGAUGAUUUUGAGGGAGUGUUUACAUUACUGCAGUGGUUGUCUUACAUGCCAAAGAAAACAUCUAGUCCUGUGCCUAUGUUAUCUGCUAAGGAUCCCAUUGACCGUCCAGUUGAGUUUGUUCCUACAAAGGCACCUUAUGACCCACGCUGGAUGCUGGCGGGACGUCCUAGUCAGAACACGAAGGGUGUGUGGGUUAGUGGGUUCUUUGAUCAUGGGUCUUUUCUGGAGAUCAUGCAGCCAUGGGCACAAAGUGUAAUCGUGGGUCGGGCCAGGUUGGGUGGGAUACCAACUGGAGUUGUUGCAGUAGAAACCCGAUCCGUGGAGUUGUCCAUUCCAGCAGAUCCUGCUAAUCUAGAUUCAGAAGCCAAGAUCAUCCAGCAGGCAGGACAAGUGUGGUUCCCUGAUUCUGCUUUUAAAACAGCACAGGCCAUUAAAGACUUUAACCGAGAGGGUCUUCCUCUCAUCGUUUUCGCCAACUGGAGGGGCUUUUCCGGAGGAAUGAAAGACAUGUAUGAUCAGGUGCUGAAGUUUGGAGCGUAUAUAGUGGAUGGGCUGAGAGAGUACAGACAGCCAGUAUUGGUCUACAUCCCACCGCAGGCAGAGCUCAGAGGAGGAUCCUGGGUUGUGAUAGACCCCACCAUUAACCCUCGUCACAUGGAGAUGUAUGCAGACAAGGACAGCCGUGGUGGAGUUCUGGAGCCUGAGGGCACAGUGGAGAUCAAGUUUCGUAAGAAAGAUCUGGUAAAGACCAUGAGACGAGUGGACCCAGUGUACAUGGGGCUGGCAGAAAGACUGGGCACGCCAGAGUUGAGCGUGAGUGAGCGUAAGGAGCUGGAGGGUAAAUUGAAAGAGAGAGAAGAGUUUCUGCUGCCCAUAUAUCAUCAGAUAGCUGUGCAGUUUGCUGACCUUCAUGACACGCCAGGCCGCAUGCAGGAGAAGGGAGUCAUCACUGACAUCCUUGAGUGGCAGACUUCUCGUCAGUUCUUCUACUGGCGCUUGCGUCGGUUACUGCUGGAGGACACCGUGAAGAGAAAAAUCCAGUGCGCUAACAGCGAGCUGACGGAUGGGCAAGUUCAAGCCAUGCUGCGCCGCUGGUUUGUGGAAGCAGAGGGUGCUGUAAAGGCGUACAUGUGGGACAGUAAUGAGGAGGUUGUGGAGUGGUUGGAGAGGCAGUUGGCAGAAGAAGAGGGUGCCAGGUCUGUCAUCGAUGAGAAUAUCAAAUAUAUCCGCAGGGACCACAUUCUCAAACAGAUCCGCAGCCUGGUUCAAGCUAACCCUGAGGUGGCCAUGGACUCCAUUGUUUACAUGACGCAACACAUAUCCCCUACACAGCGUGCCGAGGUGGUCCGCAUUCUGUCCACCAUGGACGCCCCUGCCUCUACAUAGAACAGCACCUCCACCAUCACCUCAGAAAUAAUACUGGAGAUUGGGACUAGAUGAGCCGACAUGGCAGUGCUGUCAUUUAUUUCACACUGUUGGCUAUGAUUCUGAAAGUAGGAGUAAUGACAGAAAUACACUGUACUUCUUUUUACACUGUAAAAAUGUUAGAAAUACAUGUCAAUGUGCACCUUUAGACACUAAAGUCAAAAAAAUGUACUAGCAAAUAUAUUGUUUGGCAAUCUAGUCACGUGCACUUUGCUACAUAGUUUAACAGAGACCAACUGUUGUAGAGAUGAAAAAUCCCACUAGAUAAAUCUUUUAGAGGGUGUUUUCUUUUUUCUAUAACACUUUAUAGCCAGUGUAGAUUACUGUAUGAGAGAGAGAGUGAUUAACAGUAGUAAGAGUUUACAGCUUUGUAACCAGUUGAACGUUGUCAAACAGCUCAAAAUUUUUCCAGCACGUGCAUGAUACGUUUUCAGUCAGACACACGAAUGCAGAUGUUGGAUGUUGGACUGUCUUAUACACGGUUUACACUGAAAGCAAGCAAUGUGACUGUACUAGAUUAAACUGAUUAAUCUAGUUUUGUUGCAGUGUGAACACAGUAUUACUUCACACCUGGAGGGUCAUUAGACCUGUAUGAUUACAGUAAUGUUUCAUUCCCGUGUUGCAAAUAUUAUUAUUUUUUGUGUGUUCACUGAUAUUGUACUAUUAUCGAUAUGCUGUUUUUAGCAUAGAAAAUAUAAUGUUAAAUUGUCAUAACUUAUUUAACUAAUCAAAAAAAUGCAUAAAAUCAAGCUAGGUGCUCCGCACAGUAGUACGGUACAUGACACUAUAAGUGUGAUUGUAGACUAUUCGGCAUUUAGAUUAGCUGAAUUUCAUUACCAUAUAAACUGUAAAUGCCAAACUGGAAUUGUGAUGGACAUAUUUACAUUAAAAAACAAUUGAAGAAAAAAAGGACAUCCUAAGGAGGUGAACGGAGUAAUGAACCUUCUCAUCAUGGCAUCAUGAUGGUUGCAGAUGCUGCUGGAAAACCUUAAGCUUUCUCUCAGUGCCAGGCACUAUAGCUUGAAUCAAUGAAAUGUCAACACUGUGACAUAUAUGCUAUAUAUAACCCAAAUGGGCAGUAAAUUGUAUCACACAAAAGUCUUUUUAAACAUGUUUGCUGAAUUGAACAAAAGGUGUUUGGUCUAAUGGAUUAUCUGUUUACUGUGGCAAGCUGUUAUUGCCUUUAAAUUAACAAUAAAAUAAAUGAUCUA